GGAGCUGCAAGCUGCGUGGCUUGAAUCUGUGUUGACUAACUUGCCGCAUGGUGUUUUCGUGUCAGUUGACGUAAUUUUUGUGAUUGUUGACGGAUCUGUCUAGGUUAUUUAUUUCACAGUAAUUUAUUAAAUACGAAUAAUGGUGUUAGAUUUAGAUCUUUUCAGGCCUGAAAAAGGCGGCGAUGUCGAGAAAAUUAAAAAAAAUCAAGCGAACAGAUUUAAAGACGUCGGGCUUGUUGAUGAAGUUGUAAAGAAAGAUACAGAAUGGAGACAGUUGCGUCAUCAGUUGGAUAACCUGAAUAAACAGAAAAAUCUGUGCAACAAAGUAAUAGGCGAGAAAAUGAAGAAAGGUGGAGUAGUAAAAGGAGGAGAUGCUAAAAAUGCAAGUAUAGAAAAAAAAGUAAAAUUACAGCAAAUGUGCAACUCAGGGCUUGGCUCCCUAAAUGACAUUCUGUCAGAAUGGAGCUACAUCUACAGUUUUAUACCAACACAGGAUGAUGUAUACGUUUUUAAAACCUUUACUUCUCCUCCUCCAGAUUCCUUUCCUCAUCUUCAACGAUGGUAUCAUCAUAUAGCAAGCUUUGGUGAUGCUUGUAAGGCUUUUCCAACCAGAGAGGCACGUGAGAAUCAAGGUGAUAAUUGUGACCUGCCACAGGAAAUUAUUGAUGGUCUGAACAGUAUCACUAUAGAUGGUGCUAGAAAUUUGACUGUUACUCAGCUUAAAAGUCUGCGUGAGAUUUAUGAAAAGAAAAUCCAAGAAAAGCAGGACGAAAUCCAGUCCACUGAAAUGAAGAGAAAUGCAGCAUUAAGGGAGGUUGGCAACAUUCUACACAGCUCAGUACACAUUAGCAACGAUGAGGAUGAGAAUCCAGUCGAUAAAGUUGUUGGGAAUUGUACUGACCGCAAGAAGUUGUCUCAUGUUGACCUAAUCUACAUGAUUGAUGGAAUGGAUGGUGAAAGAGGAGUUACAGUCUCUGGCGGAAGAGCGUAUUUUCUCAAGGGGCCAGCAGUAUUCAUGCAGCAUGGUCUGGUGCAGUUAUCACUCCACAUGUUGUACAGCCGUGGCUAUAAACCAUUGUACACUCCAUUCUUCAUGCGGAAAGAGGUUAUGGAGCAGGUAGCCCAACUUUCGCAAUUUGAUGAAGAACUCUACAAGGUGACAGGAAAGGGUUCAGAUGAGAAAUACUUGAUAGCAACAUCAGAGCAACCCAUUGCUGCUUUCCAUCGGGAUGAAUGGAUUGGUGAACAGGAGCUGCCCAUACGCUAUGCAGGCCUGUCUACUUGCUUUCGGCAGGAGGUUGGAGCUCAUGGGAGGGACACGCGUGGUAUCUUCAGGGUGCACCAGUUUGAGAAGGUAGAGCAAUUUUGCCUCACUUCUCCUUACGACAAUAAAUCAUGGGAAAUGAUGGAAGAAAUGUUAGGAAAUGCUGAGGAGUUCUGCAAAAAACUCGAAAUUCCAUAUAGAGUAGUAAAUAUCGUGUCUGGUGCUUUGAACCAUGCAGCUGCCAAGAAAUGGGAUAUUGAAGCUUGGUUCCCUGGUUCUGGUGCCUUCCGUGAACUUGUCUCAUGCAGCAAUUGCCUUGAUUACCAGGCAAGAAGGUUGCUUGUUCGAUAUGGUAAAACAAAAAAGAUGAACACUGCUAUUCCAUUUGUACACAUGCUUAAUGCAACAAUGUGUGCUACUACUAGAGUCAUUUGUGCCUUGUUGGAAGUCCACCAGACAGAUGAUGGCAUUAAAGUUCCUGCUGCACUGAAGCCUUACAUGCCUCCAGAAUAUCAAGAACUGAUUCCAUUCGUGAAAAAGGCGCCAGCAGUUCCCGCGAAGGAAUCCUAGCAUGGUUGAGCAGUUUAGCUCUUCUGUUCCACCAACGGUAUACUGUCUCUGCCCCAGAAAAUGGACACUAAAAUCCGGGCAAUUUCUGGGCGAGGAACUUCCGUGGUCAUAGGAACUGUGUGAUGCUGUUUGUUUCAUGGUUCCUCAGUGCAGGGAUCAUGAGUGUGGAGCCAGUUUCCAUCCUCGGCCACUAAUCUAGCUACAAAAUCCUUUAUAGCAUAAAAAUGGGCCAUAACAGCUUUGGUUGCCUCGAUUUAUGCCUCAUUUUGCCUGCUGUUCAAACAUUUCAGGACCCACAUCACUGCGAGCUUCCUCAUGUCUAGGACAUUUUUAAUAAUUGAAUCACUUCCUUCCUGGGAAAUGUCCAGUAUCUCAGCUACCUUUUUGGCAGAUAUACCCUGCUCCCCAAGUCUCAGAAUAUGGACAGCAUCCUUUAUAGCUAAAUCUACGGAAUUCAACUAAAGUAGUGGAAUGUCCAGGUUAUGACAGUGAUAUAAAAUGGACAGUUCUCCCAUAAUGUUUGUGGCAUCAUAGUGCGAAUGCCCUCCGUAUACUUGUCCGUCAUAUACUUGAUGAUGCCCCGUAACUCUACAGAUGUGAAACUUUGAGCGCUGACCAUUUCACAUUCUUCCUUAAAUUAAAAAUAGUUGUAAAAAUAAGAAAAGUGUGAUAUUUCAGUUACAUAAUAUGACAAGAUAUUAAACUUCUGUAUGGUGCCAAAUUCCUUUUUCAAUUCCAAGUGGAAGAUGUCGAAGCCAGGAACUUUUCAGUCUCCUUGUUAGUGCUGUUGCAGAGCUUACCUUAUAGACAAAAUAAUUUUGUAUGAAUGCUGUAUGAGGUAUCU